UAGUGUAAUUCCCCCGAGGGGAGGGGGCGAGGUAUUGAGCCGGCAAAUCGAUUGACAAGCACCUUAAAAGUAAUAGACAAGAGAAAACUUUCACUUCAACUUACCAACGCUGUCUUUCUGAACUACAACCCAUGACUCUAGGCCAAAAUAUAUUACAACCUUAGUUAGGCUACCAACCUCUAUUUAGCGGCCAGUUCUCCAAGUCCCAAAGAGGGUUUUGUGCAGUAAUUUAUACCUCUAUUAAGCGACCAACCUCUAUUGAGCGACAAGUUGUCAAAGUUUCAAAGAGGGUUUUGUGCAGUAAUUUAUACCUCUAUUAAGCGACCAACCUCUAUUAAGCGGUCACUUGAUAAUAGAGGUUUUUCUGUACAUAUAAAGUCUGGUCGGCAGAUGAAAUCACAUCUUAUUGCGGCCAUUUUUACAGCAGUUUUAUUUCUCUUUGCAUUCAGUACGAAACUAUUUUAUCCUGAGAGAAAUUUGUUUUGUGUAAGAACGAUUUUGUUAAAUGUAAAAUCAAGCUUUAGUGUUAUUAGAAACGUUUUUAGACGGUGAUUCAAUACACCAACGCAGUCCCAACUGAUAGCCUCUAGUCAUAAUCAGUGAAAAAAAACAUAGAUAUUACCAAAAAAAGCCACUUUCUAGAAGAUAUUUAUAAAUUGCUGUCAGUUGAGAAUGAAGACAAGCACUUGAGUGCUUUUUUUCACCCGCCGAAGCAUCUUCAUCAACACUGUUCUGCAAACUUUAAUCAGUAAGGUUUUUAACAGUUCUGAGAUUUCUUAACCAGUUCUGAGAUUCUUUGGGUAAUAUUGGGUGUCUUGAAAUAUAUUGAUUUAUCACUGGUAUUUUACAAGGAAGAACACCCCUACUUAUAGACGAGAAGUUGAUGACUAUUAAACAUCCUCGCUACGAAAACGUACGAGUGUUACAAAAAUAUAUACUUGUGAUUAUAAAAUCAGUUAGAUUUUUAUCAAUUCCGAGAUUUUUUAAACAGUUUUGAGAUUCGUUGAGUAAUAUUGGGUUUCCUAGUGUUUUACGAGGAAGAGCAGCUCUAUUUAUAGACUAGACGCUUAAUGAUGAGUAUGAAUCAUACUCGUAACGAAAAUGUACGUGUGUUGCAUAUUAAAAGUGUAUACGAGUGAUUACAAAAACGUACGUUAGUUCAAUUUUGCCACCCUUCGUUUCCCAAACGUUUUAAUAUUUCGAUUUACUUUUAUUUAGUUAAAUACACGUUUAUCGUGCACUUUCACCACACGUUGAUUUUCCUGGCUUAUUAUUUUAAACGCAGCCAGUCUCUUAUAUGACAUGACAGAGCGAGAAAAUAUUCAAAUGAAGUUUGUAAAAGCAGAGUCGAAAUCUAAAGAAUUUCGCUGUCUGAAAAAGAACUUUGUAGCUAGGUAAAGCACUUGUUAUUUGUCGUGUUGAAGUAACUGAACAUCUUUCUUAACGUCUCAUUGUUAAUGUAGUUUCAAAUCAACAUUAAUCAUAUAUGAUUCAUUAGACGGUAAUGGCCAUCUAUGCCGCAGUGAUUAAUUGCUGGCAGUAGAAUGAAGUGGAACCAUCUCCGCGGUGGAAGUCGGUUGAGCGUUUAUUUGGAAAAUGCUGUUUUCGCUGAAGUGAGUGAUUGAAUGGUUAACGAUAGAAUCACAGUAAAGCAUCGAUAUAUAAAGAGCUUCCCUCUUUGAUUCAAGCCAUCAAGCUAUCCCGUGCGGAUCGACUUGAAACCAUAUGCAGUGGACCUCGUUUGUCUUCUUCAAGCUACUGUACAGUUGCAUGAGAACCCCAAAGUUUCAAUGAGUGGUACUCCGUCCUCGUCUCCCGAGUACAUUCCCUUCUCUUCCGCAGAACCAGAGCGAUCACCAACAUCAGAACCAGAAGCAUCUCUUCCCAACUCAGCAGCAGAGCCGAUCCCAGAAUGGGAUACAGCAACAGUCACUUGGGAAUGGUUCUGGGACGUCCACUGGAUCGGCCUGGGAUGUUUAUUCACAAUACUGGCUCUAUACUCCUUGUGGUCUGUCCUGAACGUCGCCAGAGAAUCAAAAAAGCGGUCUCGCGUUGUUUCUAUUUUCAUCUGUUCAAUGAUCUUUGUGUUGGGAUCUUCGCGCGCGUUGUUCCUCUUCAUAAACCCGUACGAAUCACCUCAGUGCCACAUGUUGUCUGUCUGUCCCUUCAUACUUACCAGGAUUCUGUUCGGGCUGGGUCUCCCGUGCCUCACUGCUGCUUUCUCGUUCAUACAGCUAGUCUUCCUUCAGGUCGUCAAGCUUAAACUCUACCCCCGAAAAGUCCAGAAUUGGAAAUUCCUCUUGACUAUCGUAAUGAUACAUUUUUCCUUAGCUUUGGUGAUUGAAAUAGUCGUCUUUUUAUACGCCGACUGGCGAUCACUUUCUCUUGUCUGCCAAGCAUUCUUCAUCGUGUUUAGCCUCGUUUUAUCCACGUCGUUCAUCUACACGGGAAGGAAAAUCAUCCAUCGCGUGAAUCAAAGUGCGCGGCAAGUCUCAAAAAUGGGAACACGUUCAGUUAAUGCUAAAAAUAUCGCCAAAAACCCAUCCCGGAAACCUGGUUUAUCGAAGCUGGUCCGAAUCACCUUCCUAACAGCCGCCCUCGGCUUCAUAAGCUGCGCGCUACAGCUUUAUUCCAUUUUCGUUGUCUAUGACAUGUAUCGUUCCACCAGCAAGAGAGAGCCAGAACCAUGGCCAUGGCUGGUUUUCCAGACUCUUUAUCGUAUCGUUGAACUUCUCGCUGGAAUCACUAUGGGCUAUGUGUGCCCUCGACAGGCUAAUGUCCAGAAGAAAUCCCCUAUGUCGCCAUGUUGGUCCACGUUUGAGGGGAGAAAACGGCGCUAUAGACCGGCAGUAUUUUACACUGACAGUGGCACAACCGAUCCAAGUGUCAAUCACUCAACGGAGUUAGAACUACUCUAAAAGAAAACAAUGUAUACAGGCAACUACUUGUUUUUGAUGGAUGUUGCUCACUAAGCUAGAAAUGUUUUAUAUUCAUGUGUAAGUAAUGUCAGCACAGAAAGAAAAUAUGCCAGAAAAACGUGCAGAAAAAGUUUUGAAAAAUUCCAUAUCGAUGUGACCUUUUCUGAUCGCAUCCAUAUUGCAUUCAUAUUGCAUUCAUGUUGCAUUUAUAUAUAUUGCAUUUAUAUUGCAUUCAUAUUACAUUCAUGCAGUGCAUUUAUAUAUAUUGCAUUUAUAUUGCAUUCAUAUUGCAUUCGUAUUGCAUUCAUAUAUAUUACAUUCAUACUGCCCAUAGUGCAGUUAGGGAUUGAUAUUCAACAUGUAGCAAAACAACCACACCUUUUAUUUUCAAAAAUCUGUAGACCUAUUAAUCAUGGGUUUUCAUUCAGACAGCGUGUCAUUCCCUUGAGUAUUAUUUCUCUUGUCUUCCAGUGAUGUUUGAAAAGUUCUAAUGAAAUAGUUCAACUCAAAAUAACAAAUAAAUCUUCAUUGUAAGUCGCGAUAGAAAGCAUUGUCGUUGAAGUUACUAGUCUCGGGUUGACCUCCUGAGUUCCACUCGUGUGAAAAAAAUAAAAAUCUAUUUUGAAAUGCG